AUGGUCAAAGAACACUUGUACUCGUUGGCAGUGGCUGCAGACAAAUACGAUAUAGCGCCCCUCCGAAAGGUAUGUGAGCAUCACCUUAAGGAAUCCUUGAGCACUUCCAACGCGCUCGAUAUUUUAGAAAUAUCCGACAGGUGUUCUUUCCAAUCAUUGAGAGAUGCCACAUUGGACUUCAUUGCUACAAACUAUAAGGACAUCACUUGUUCCAAAAGAUACAAUGAUUUCACGAUCGAUAAUCCGCAUUUGGCCAGUACGAUUACAAGGGCUUGGGCUUUUCGAAGAUAA